AUGGCAAUGGAUGGAGCGGCAUUUGUUCUUAUUGUAAUUUAUUUAGUAUUUUACAUUUGCCUUAAAAUUUGUUGUAAAACUGACUCUGAAGAGGAUCCUGCAGCUCAAGUAGCUGCAAGUUCACCACAAAAUCAGCAUCCAAGUGGACCAGGCUAUAUUAUAACUACAUCAACAAUAAAUGCACAGUCUUACACUAAUAAUAAUACCAAUGGAUAUGCUAUUAGCGGUACGCAAUCCAAUCAGCCUUUUCCUUCAGAUGUUGUCGAUAUCAGAUGGAUUCUUUAUAGAAAAUUUGCUCUGCAUUGCGGAAUUGUUAGUAUUUUUUUGAGAUUAAUAAUGAACGAUACAUUCAUCGGGGUCUUAAUUUUUGUUGGUGUUUAUGUAAUUUACAAAUCUUGUGCUUAUGUCUGCAAAAAGGCAUGCGAAAAAGAAGAACAACAAACAAGUUUCAUGUCAUCCCGGGUGCUUCAACCACGCAAUUCAGUCUCAGAUGAAGCAGAGAAUCCAACACAAAAUACCCAAACUCAUAUACCAAUGCCAAUGCCUUAUGGAUCACAAGUGUCAUUACCCUAUCCACAAAUCAACUCAGAAUGCCCAUACCCGCCAUUAUGUCCUUAUCUAACACAGCAUGAACAUCCUCCUCCAUUCUCACAUUCAUUACAAAGAUCUCAACAUUCUGAGCCAUACAAUUCAACUGAUCAACUAGAUCUACCGCCCAACUAUGCAGCAGCAAUAAAAAUGCAUCCAAAUUUAGAAAAAUAA